UUUAAUAUAACCUAGAAAUUGCAAAUGUCAUUGUAAAUAAACAUUGAAAUUAUCUGAUUUUUCGUGAAAAAUAGUGAAAGUGAAAACAAAAUGGAUUAUAGGGAUGGAAGAAAACACGAACGAUAUAAACACAAACGAAGAAAAUCAAGAUCUAGAUCAUCUUCACCUGCAGCAAAACAACCCCGACUUAAAAAGACUGUUUUGGACUACAAAAGAGAACUUGUAAGGUUCCUAGAAGAGCAAGCUAACUUAGGCAAUACAAACGACUUUUGGAAGUUUUAUGAAAAAUACAAAUCCUUACAAACAAUACAAAAAUCUGACGCAGAUAAAACGAAACUACUCAAUAUCGAAUUCAUGAAAGAAAUUCCUCUUUUGUACGAAAAAUUGCCUGUACUAGACAAAAAUGGUAGAAGGGUAGAAAUAUCGAUGGAUGAGUUCAAUGAUUUUUUGCUCGUUAUAAAAGUUUACCAGGAUUUUCAACAAAAAAUGAGUUUUUCCAAGUUGAGAAAGCUAAAACUUUUCCAAAACGAUUUACCGAUUGCGCAACACAAAACUGAAAUAAUCGAAAAGCUGAAAGCGUCUAGAAUACUCCUAAUAGCAGGUGAUACAGGCUGUGGCAAGUCAACGCAAGUACCACAAUAUGUGUUAGAAGCGGGAUACAAUAAAAUUGUGUGUACUCAACCUAGACGAAUUGCUUGUGUUAGUUUAGCAAAGAGAGUAUCUUAUGAAACGUUAAGUGACUACAAAAAUACCAUAGGGUACCAGAUCAGGUUUGAGAAGACAAAGAGGGCUGAUACUAAAGUUAUUUUUAUGACGGAAGGGCUUCUUUUAAGGCAAGCGUCAGAAAAGGAAACCUUGGAAUCGUAUGAUGUUAUAAUUUUGGAUGAAGUGCAUGAAAGAAAUUUACAUGGGGACUUUUUAAUAGGCAUAAUGAAAUGUCUUCUACAUCAAAGAGACAACUUCAAGUUAAUUCUAAUGUCAGCAACAAUAAACAUACAAUUAUUUUCAAAUUACUUCUCUGAAGAAAAUAUACAAAUAAUACAAGUACCAGGAAGACUAUACCCAAUAGAUAUUCAGUAUAGACCUAUAGUAAAAGAUCCAUAUGAAAGAAAGAGAGAGAAAUUAGACUGUACGCCAUAUUUGCAAAUUUUGCAGUUGAUAGAUGAAAAAUACACUCAAAAUCAAAAGGGCGAUAUGUUGGUUUUUCUAAAUGGAUUUUCAGAGAUCUCAACUUUAGCUGAUGCUGUUACUGACUACAGUGAGAGUAAGAAGAACUGGAUCGUCUUGCCAUUACAUAGUUCAUUGUCUCUGGAAGAACAGGAUAAAGUAUUCGACUAUCCUCCUGAGGGUGUUAGGAAAUGUAUUAUUUCAACAAAUAUAGCCGAAACAUCAGUCACAAUUGAUGGAAUACGAUUUGUUGUUGAUUCAGGCAAGGUGAAUAGAAUGAACUACAAUACGCAGAUUGGGGUAAACAAAUUAAGUGAAUGUAGUAUAUCCCAAGAUAGUGCUAAACAAAGAUCAGGUAGAGCUGGCCGUACAGGCCCGGGCAUAUGCUUUCGACUGUACUCUGAAGAAGAUCUCAAAAGCUUCGAAGCUUUCACUCCUGCAGAGAUUCACCAAGUACCGUUAGACUCUUUAUUGCUGCACAUGAUUUCGUUAGGUCUUAACGACAUAGCAAAUUUCCCAUUCAUAGAAAAACCGUCGGGGGAAAAACUAGAGGAAAGCAUGGAAAAACUUAAGUUUAUUGGAGCAUUAGAGUUGGAUAAGGAAUUUUUAGCUUUGACGCAAUUGGGAGACUCCUUAAGUCAAUUGCCCGUCGAUUUAAAAAUAGGUAAGAUGUUGAUUAUGUCGACCGUAUUUGGCAAUGUUAACUCCGUGCUAGCGUUAGCGUCUCUUCUGAGCGUUCAGAGUCCCUUAACGCAGAAGGCUCAGAGGGAUUUAGAGGCCCGAGACCUUAGAAAACCUAUAGAAUCAGAUCACGGAGAUCCCAUAAUUUUACUUAAUUUCUACAAAGAAUGGUUAACUGUAAAGCAGUCCUCAACUCCAGCUAAAGGACAUUCAAGGAGGGAGGGAGGGUAUAGUUCGAAGGUCUGGGCAAGAAAAAGAUGUAUCGAGGAGCAACGUUUCUAUGAAGUAACAAAACUGAUCGAACAAUUCAGAGAGAUUUUGCAAGAAGCUGACUUCUUACCGAAGAUAACCGAAACGAAUCUAAGUAGUGGAGAACGGUCUAUCAGGCUGGGUGAACUGAAACAACUGAAAUCUAUGAGAUAUAAGUUGAAAAACGAAGAAAGAUCUAAGAGUAGAAAACAACUGAAAUACGAAAUGUAUAAUUCCGGAGAAGCUGGUGAAGAUAGUGGAAAAGUGGAUAUCAGAGAUGUGGAGUUUAGGAUAUCGCAUGACUUUAAAAGGCUUCAACAACUGUUAAACGAAGCAUCUGCUGACAGCCACAAAGACCUUAUGAUGCUGAAACUAAUCCUAACAAGCGGUCUUUAUCCACAGAUAGCAGUGGAAGAUGAGUUCAACUCCUCCAAAACAGUUUCAGAGCGGCUGUAUCACACCAAACACAACAAUUAUGUUUUUCUUCGUCCUGAUGGCUAUUUCGCCUCGAAUACAGAAGUUUUGGAAUUGCACAACGACGACAUAGAAGUACCUCCAACUGGGUACUUCAGUAAAAGACCUAUCAGCAGGAAGCACCAAGUGUUAGUGUAUCAGACGAUACUGGAGACGAAAAAAGUGUAUUUGGUGAAUACUAUGAGAAUGCCGGCUUUACAGACGUUGCUACUUUUGGGGAAAACUGUAUCUACAAAUGCUACGUUCACCAAGUUCGUAGUGGACGAUUUUUUGCUCUUUGACGUACCUUAUUUUGGACAAGGCAAAGCAUUAUUAAUGAAGGCUAUAGAGUUAAGGAAAAUAUGGAAAAUCAAACUAGAAACAAAGUUGAAAAACCCUGCAAGCGAAAAAGUUGACCAAAAAUAUUUAUUCCAUUUAACCGAAAAUUUAGUAAAUUAUAUGACCACAGAAGUGAGCUACAACAUCAAGAGACUUCUACCAGCAGAUCUCAAAGAGAUAUACAACCACGACUGCGAGCUAUUUGAAACUGAAAAAGUAGAUAAAAAUCCUUUUGUUGAAGACUACCCCAUCACGAAGAAUUACCAAUACGGUGGAGUAAAUAUUACGGAAAAUGUCGUGUAUGCGUGUCUUCUGCAAGAACAAUGGUCCUACGAACUAGAACAAGAAAUUUGCAAUACUCCUUUUAUUUGUAAACACUGUCAAUCUUCCAGAUUGGGUUCUACUCUAUUUAGCAACAUUCGACACGAAGAAUUUUGUAAAGAUAAACGUAAGGCACCGGUUAACGACAGUAUUAAUGAAGAAGUCAGCGUUGUUAAGCCAAAUUCCAGAUCUUACCAUUGUACAGUUUGUGGGAAAGAUCUGAUGCUGACUCCUGUCGAUAUCUUAAAGCAUAAAAAGUCCUGUAAAUAAAGUUUAUUUAUUUUUGA